AUGGUGAAAGGGUGUAUGUUGAGAAUGGGAUAUAAUGGAGCUUUAAAUGCCGGAAACUAUUUAAAGUCAAAGUUUCAGAAGCCUUAUAAGUUUUUGAUUCAUUGUGUACUGAUUUCAUUAAGUCAUACUAAAGGUGGAUACGAUGCAAUGCGCGAUUACCAAAUGAAUAUGAUUACGGCAUUGGUGUUGAACAAAAAGUAUAAUUUCUCACAUAUAGUAUUCCACUAUAUGGCUGAGAAUAGCAAGGCAAAGGUCAAGACUUGGAUGUAUCCAAGAUUUGUGCAGAUGUUGAUUGACCAUGCGUAUCCAGAGAUUGAUCGAAAUAUUAAAGAUGAUUUGUUGGUGCAAGUUCACAUGACCAAUAAUACACUAAAGAAACUUGUGAAAUAUCAUCCGAAUCACCCAGAGCCAACACUUGUUGUCGAGCCUUUCGGUUUUAUUAAAGAUGUUCAAUAUGUUGAUCCAGAUCCAGUUAAUCAUCUAAACUGGAGAAAUGAGGCUGAGAUGAAAGAAGCAAGAUAUGCUGAUGAGUUGAAAAUACUUGCAGAUUUCAAAAAUACAAAGAAUGAAUGGUAUGUGAAAGAAUCCGGAAGAAGACGUAGAAUGGCAACUCCUAUUGUUCGAGAAGGUGAAGGAUCUUCGUCAUCAAAACCUAGAAAGAAGCAAAAGAAAGCAGAAACAAUGUCUUUGGUUGAUGAACCGGAAGAAGAUAAUCCGGUGGUAACUGCUGAAAAAGAACAAGUGACAGCUAUAGCAGAUGAUCCAUUUAAUGUUGAUGUGUUAUUUGAUACAGAUGUCUUGGAAACAGGGCCAGAAGUUGUUGCUAAUGUUGAACAAGUUGUAGAUGUUGAAGCACAGAAAGAGAAAGAAAAAGUUGCUGAUGAUAUUGAGGGUGAUGAUGUAGAUAAAAGUACAACAAGUUCAUCAAGUUCUUCAGAUGAUGGUAUUGAUGAGAUUGAAAGUCGAAAAAGAAUUGAAGAAGAGAUAGAAAAAGAGAAGAUGUUGAGAAAGAGAAAGAGACAAGAAAAAGACGAUGAUGAUGUUUAUGUGCCUUCUCCAGAGCAUGUCUCAGGAUCACAAUCUUCUCCAAAAGCUAGAAAGAAAGCGGGAGGUCGUAAGAAAGUUGUUUCUCCAAAAGUUCGCAAGGUCACGCCAAAGAUCAAGACUCCGAAGGAUAAUCUGUUAGAUGUUGGAGAUUUUGAUUUUGCCAACACUUCACAAGUCAGAAAUGUUGAAAAGAAAGUUGAAGAAGUUGUUGCUGAGAACAAGAGACUAGCAGCUGAAAAUAAGAAAGUGUCUGACCGUGAAAAGAAUCUAGAGAUGAGAGUAAAGAAGCUGGAGAUGGAAAACAGAGAGUUGGUGAAAAACAUUGACUCUGAUCAAUCAGAAAUUGAUAUCUUGAAGGUUAAAGUUGUUGAACUUGAAGAAGAGAAGACAAGACGUGAUGAACAGAAUGAAUACUUCAAGUUAAAGAAUAUAGAGCUUGAAGCAGCUAAGGCAUUAAGAGAUCACGAGUUCUAUAUGCUGAACAAAGUUGUCGAAAGCAUGCUCGGAACAUCGGUAGAACAAAAGUUUGAAGAGCUGCAAGUUGAAGAGCUUAGAGCUGAACGUCAAGCAGAGAUUGAAAGACAAAUGAUAGAUAAAGGCAAAGGAGUUGAAGGAAGUUCAGCUGUGACUGAAAGAUCAAUAGUACCUUCUAUGGUUGUUGAUAAUCCCGAGUGUAUCACUGCAAUAUCUGGUUUGUUUGAAGAGGAAACACAUCUUGAAGAGUUGAUGGAUGAUGAUGAUGAUGAUGAUGCUCGGGGAGGUACAGGUUUGAAAGUUACAGAAGCUUCCACCGUGAAAACAGUUGAUGAUCUGAUGAAUGAUUCGGUAAAUGAAGAAUCAGGGGAAGCAAGUGGAAAGGUGGAGUCAAGUAAAACUCAGAUCGUUGAACAUUCUGAAAAGUUAAUCUUGGGAUUAGAUGUUUACAGAGAAAUGAUGCAUACUGUGGAUCCGGAGUUCAAGUUUGAUUUUGAAGAAGAGUUGGAGUCUUUUGAUAUCAAUCAACAGCCUGAAUACACGUAUAAGUAUGUUGAAGAGGCUGACAAGUAUGACAGAGUUGAGAUUGAAGACUGGACAGAUGAUGAAGAUGUAGUUGAAGAUGCUUCUAAGUUUCCUACACUUAUGGAGUUCUUUGCUGAAGAAAAUAGAGAAGAAUUGAGACAAAAGGUGACUGAGGCAGUGAAAGAAAAGAACUUUGAUAGUGCUCAAAAGGAAAUGGAAAAGGAAGAUAGAUCGAAGUGGUUCAGAAAAAGUCACGAGAGAAAGUUUAAGAGAACUUUGAAGUAUUAUCAGCGUGAUAGAAGUGUGUCUCUCGGUGAUAUCAUCAGUUGGGGUUACUUACUGCAAGUAAAUGCUUAUGCGAUCAGACGAGAAUGCGGAGUUCAAUACUUUGAACGUUUAUAUGACAUCAUGUCAUUACCUUGGUGGGAUGUAGAUGAGCUACCGAAAGUUAGAUGUUUGGAUUAA